AUGUUUGGUGGUGAGCCAAUGUUUGGUGAUCAGGUCGUUGCGGUGGCGUACCUCUUCCCCAACGCGACCAUACGCAGCUGUGUAUAUGGCUCGAUCGAUGCAGGCGUCGUAGCCGUUUCUGCCGGAGGUUCAGACCCGGCCGAGCACAUUGUGCUUUCGGCGGCGGCUAUUGUCGAGAUCCUCGUUGACCAAGAUGGACACCUUGUCCCAACUGAACAACCAGAUAUCCCGGGAACAUUUGUAACCAAUUUGAUCCGAGCCCUGACACCCGUCAUCCGGUAUCCAACGGGAGAUCGCGCGGAGUUGGUUGAUAAGCCAGCUGGAAUCUUCCGUCUUCUUGGACGUAGCAAAUAUGCUGUUCGGCUAGGUCCCGUUUCUCUGGACAUUUCGCACCUACGUCAGCUCGCUAGAGCUGUUCUGAAGACUGUGGCUAUAGAGGCUUUCCAGGUGGUAAUCACCCGCCAAGAUUCCAAGGAUGCCAUGGAAAUAAUGAUAAACACAGCCGAGCCCCCUCCUGCAACCUCUGGAGAUGCCAUCAUUGAGAUGUUGAGUGAGCAGAGGCCUAUGAAACAUAUUGAGAUGGGAUUGGUUGCUCCCGCCAAGGUUUGUUUCAAAUCCAUCUGCGAUAUGAAAGCAAACCCACGCAGCGGGAAACUACCUGAGAUUAUCGAUUUGAGACUAAAUACUGUGUAA